UUUUUUGGAAGUUCGCACUUUGUUGCUAAGCUUGUUGUGUUGUAUUAAAUAUUAUUUAGCUAAAUUUAAGAAAUAAAUGCCAUUUUAAUAAUAUAGUUAUCAUUUAAUGAUAAUCUGAAUUAAUUUAGUUUACCUUUGAUAAAUAUGGGGGAUACAGUAGUCCUAUGUUCAAGUUUUGAGAAACCACACAAUGUCUACAAAUUCGAUUCCGGUGUAUUCUUUUUCAACGUGUUGUCCCGAAAUGCAGAAGCCAAAUUAGAUUUAUUGGCAAAGAUAUGCCCUCACAAAACCAUAGCAACGGUCAUACUAAGCCGGUAUUCGAGCCAAAUAAUUCCUGCUAAAUCAUGUGGGACCAAAAUGGCAUUAAACACUCCACAGUUGUUAUCUUACCAGAGCCCAAGUACACUUACGUUAAGUUGGCACAGUGGAAUGAUCCAAGUUGGUCGAGUAGGUGGAAAAGAGCCCAUUAUGACUUGCAGGUAUCAUGAUCCUGAAGGGGUGCCCAUAGGCUUUGUGAGGUUCCACACUCAGUCUGGUGUUUCUCCUGUCACAUGGGUUUUUGAUAUUCCACCGGAGCGGCCCACAAGACCAAUAAAAAUCACAACUGGCCAAUUAAGAUGGGUUCAAGCAUCAGAUGAUCUCCCUACUGAUGCAAUCAUUGGUGGUUUUGAAAGAAAUCACACAUACAUUGCCCGAGCGCAUCACAAUGGCUCCUUGACUCCAGGAAAGUAUGUGCCAUCUAAGAAACUUGGGUUUAUCCCGUGGGGUCACCAGGAACAUGCUAAAGAAAGAUGUGAGAUUCUCUGUGGGUACAAUGUGGAAUGGGUAUGGACAUAUGGAGACAACAUCCCAGAAAACGCAGUCAUUGGAGGACAAUCGGAGGGAGGAAUCGCUGGACAAGAACCUUUAUACAUCAGUAGAGCUAUGCACAAUGGUUUCCUUAUACCUGGGAAAGUCCAUGCAAUGUAUAAGACCUGUUAUUUGCCAUACAACGGAGGCGAGGUGGAGGUAUCUAAAUAUGAAAUACUAGUCUCUAAAGACAAGGACUUCAGGGGAAUAGCGGUUGAGACCGUCAAGGAAAGUGAAGAGCCAGGAAAUGAUAUAGUGUUUUUGUAGCUGCUGGGGCGGCUUAGACUUUAGGAAUAUGUAAAAUACAUACAUGUAAGUACUAUAUUGUUAUAGCUCUAUCGCGAUAUCGAAAAAGGGUGAACAAAAGACUAUCUUUGAUUGCUUGGCUGAUUAGCCGAUUUAUUGGAAAACGAGGAAUGAAAUUAUAUUUAAAAUUUCCAGUAUGAUUUAAAACUAGAAAUAGUAUCAGAUGAUCUAGUCAUCUAAUGACUUAUAAUUUGUAAUAUAUGUAUGUAGGUAUAUUAGGAAUUUGUUAUAAUUAUGUACAUAAAUAUCUAUACUACCUACUGUCUUAAUUAUGUGCUUGUGAGUCAGUGAGUAUGGUAGUAUUAUAGUAAAUAUUAUCACUGUUAUUUAAUAAAAAGGUUUGAAUAUUGUUCCUUAAAUGCGAAAUAAAAUAAAUAUUUAUUCUCAAACUUAAAACCAACACUUCUUACUGCUAAAAUCAAAAUACAAAUGUAAAAUAGUAAAA